GUAACCUGUCCCCACUGAUCUUGCUUGAAGAGGUGCCUGCAAAAUACAUUCUCUCUUUCUGUUAUUCUUGCUUGAUGUCUGAUAGUAACCGCAAGAACAAGCCUAUGAUUAACAUCUUAAAACGUGAUUGUGAUUUUGUUUUCGAUGAAGAUAAUCGUUCAGCUGAUCAAGAUAGCUAAUGCGCCUUUAGAAUAAUUAAAAAAGUAACGCAGCAUCUCUUUACCUGUUUAUUGAGAUAUUGGGAAUUGUGGAGUGACCAGUUUUCUACUGACCAAAGAAUGUGAAAAGAAAUUUCUGUGCUCUGUGUGUGUUGAUCUUCAUAACCCUUUUUUUAUGGAUGUAGUUUCGAAAAAUUGCAAGGGCAGUUGGAUUUGAGUACUUAAGGCUACGGACUGGGAUGACGUGCCAGUCAUGGGUACCGCUAUGUUGAGCGCUAGGCCAUCCACCACCAGGGUUCCUACAGCAGUAGUUCUUCGGAUGUACCAGUGCCAAGUGCCGUAUCUUCAUCUUCGACACACUCACAACGACGGUGAAAAUGACGUCGGCAAAGUCGCGAUGUGUAGUGUUUUUAAUGACUUUUGUAAUGGCGCAAUGUGUGCCACUAGACUUCACAACAUCCAGGUACAGCGGAGAAACAGUAGAAUUACAUGACAAUAGAUCCCUACCUCUCCUUCUCCUCUCAAAUAGUCACACAACACCUCAAAUAUUUGAUAUCAGCAAUUCCGAAGAAAUUUUUUCAUUACAUGACAACUUACGUGAUGAGUUCAAAGGCCGUCGAUCGAAAAGUCCAAGAAGUCAACAGUUUCACGUAGACGAACUAAUUAGGAAUCUAAGAGCAGUCGAUUUUAGAAAAAACGAUAGUUUUCUAGGUAACUCAACUGAUUUGACUAAGGAAUCAGGUGAAGACGAAUCAAGAAAAUUCAGCAAUAAAAAGAAACCCCAGCUGUAUUCAAAUUUCGAAAGAAAACCUUCGAAUGAUAAAAUUAAUAAAACCCAAACCACUAACUCAAAUCCAAUAAAACCAAUUAACGUUUCAAAAAAUUCCAUUCAUAUCAACAAUACGAAAUCAAAAACCACUAAUUCGAAGAAUUCAUCUCUUUAUAGUAAUUUCGUCACAAAUCCUAUUAGACAUACACAAACGUUGAAACCCUUAUCAAAUAAUAAUAUUUCUUCUUUCAAAAAUCAAAAUAUAAAUAACAACAAAAAUGUAGCGAAAAAACCAGGAGUUUUCGAAAUAAGAGUUCCAAAACCAACCAUAACCCCUAAACCAACAAAAUUCCAAACCAUUACUAAUAAACCGAUAAUAAUAGAGCUCACUAAAGUUCCUCAGAUCUUAAACAGUUUUCAAACGACUAGAAAACCUACAGUAAAAAUUUCAAGAACUCCUGGUUGGGUCAGCAAGAUCAAAUCAACUACUCCAAUCCCAACAACUUCCACCAAGACCAAUAAUUUCGGUUGGCCAAACAACAAAAUCAAAAACAAGAAGGAUUGGAACAGAUAUAAAAACUACACAGAAUUACAUAACAGUGUAACAUCGAAAAAACCUAAUUCGAAUACAAGACGGAAACCUACUUUAACAAGCAGUAUAUCCAAUAACAGAAACAAACCAAUAAAACCGAAUAAGGUAAAAUAUGUUCCAAAGCGCGGACAUAAACCAACAUUAGAAGAAAUAAAGCAGAAUUGGUAUGAAAGCGGAGUUCCAUAUCCCAACCCAAUGCCUGAGAUAAGUUCGAAUUCGCCAACUUUUGCUCUUCCUCCUAUCGAUACCUUGCCGAUAGAGGAAGAUUUAGAGGCGGUGCAAGUAGACGCUGCUGAAAACAAUCCUAUAACAAACGCUUUGAGCACCUUCAAUCUCGAUAUGAGACCUGCGGGUACCAACCUCAAAGAUACCAUUGGAAGUGCUAGUAGUGGAUGUCCUACAGUACAUAUUUCUAGCUCAGUAUUGAGCCCCCAACAAAGACAGGAGUGUUCAGAUUUGAACCUCGUUAUCAAUUCACAUUUCCACCAGAAUACUGCAAGUGAUAGAACACCAACCAUUGAUACUUACCAAGCUGAAAACCCAGAGGAAGAUGUACCAGUAGAAGCAGUGGAAGAUCCAGUAGAGGAAGUGGGUCAGGCUGAAGCAGAUCUACCGGUAGCAGAUGGAGCUGCACAGUUUGACCCUGUCCAAGCAGAUUCAGCUGGAGGAACUCCUGGAACUGGUGGAACUGGAGGUUCUGGAGCUAAUGGAGGUAAUGGGGGCAAUGGUGGAGAUGGUAGUAGCUCUGGUCUUGGUUGGCCAGACAUAAAGGGAAUGUUGGAUGCAGUAGAUUGGCUUGGUAAUAAAUUUGGUUAUCUCUUCAGUUUCUUGAGGAAUCCUUAUUUGUACCUCAUACCAGCGGCUCUAUUUUUCCUUCUUGGAUUUUUCUUAAUAUUGGCUCUGUUUCCUUGGUGGAUACCUUUGUUGUUCUUGUUCGUUGGUAUCAAAGCCAAACAUAAACCUAAUGUUGCCCAUCAUAAACAUAUACACAAACCAAUACAUCACCCAGAUGGUUGGUUCUGGAACCAAAAUACAAAGACUUGGGAAAAUGUACAAGAUUUCUUACAUAGGAGAAGAGUAGAUAAUGCUAAUCUAAAUCAUAUACCUGAAGCUAUAAAUCAGUUCGGAAGAAAAUACGGGUUUAAUAAUCUGAAACUGAAAUCAAUAAAAACGCAUAUUUGAAAAAUUUUCCAAGAGAGCGAGAUUCUCAAGAGAAAUCUCAGUGGAAAUUAUACGUCUAGUCUGUGGAAUCUAACAAAUAUUUCUCAGUUCAAAUGAUUCAGUAAAUCGUUUAGGAUAUUGGAUUGGAUCAAUCUUGAAAUUGAAAUGAUAUCAAGUAUUUGUGGUGUUAUCCUAUUUCAAGUUUAGCAAACUUGAUGAGUGAAGGUAUUUAUUUAUUUAUUUAUUUAUUCCUAUAUUCUGGCCAUAAUUUUCUUACUUUUUUGUGAAUUGUUAUACUUGAAGAUGUAAAUAAAUGUUGAAGAAAA